AUAUUUACACCUCCAAGAUUUUGAAGAUAGUAGCAAUUAUUUCUCUUCCUUUGGUUAUGUUAUCCUGCUUUGGAGUCAUUAUAUUUAAGAAGAGAAAGAAAGUCAAACAAGCAACCAUACAUCUGUCAUGGAGUUCAAGAAGUUGACUUAUGCUGAUUUAGUGAAAGCAACAAAUCGUUUUUCUUUAGUCAACUUGGUUGGUUCGGGAAAAUAUGGGUCCGUAUACAAAGGUAGAAUUGAGUCGGAAGAACAUCAUACAUUUGCUAUCAAAGUUUUCAAGCUUGAUCAAAUUGGAGCAAAAAAGAGCUUCCAUGUUGAAUGUGAGGCACUUAGAAACACUCGUCAUCGAAAUCUUGUAAGAGUGAUCACCGUAUGCUCAACAAGUGACCCGACAGGACAUGUGUUCAAAGCUCUUGUUCUUGAGUAUAUGGUAAAUGGCGACCUAGAGAGUUGGCUCUAUCCAACACUAAUCCAAGAGCAUCAUCCAAAAAGACUGUUGUGUAUGGGUUCAAGAAUAGCAAUAGCAGUGGACAUAGCUGCUGCUUUGGAUUACCUCCAUAACCAAUGCAUGCCUCCUAUGGUCCACUGUGAUCUGAAGCCUAGCAAUGUCCUUCUGGAUGACGACAUGGGCGCAUGUGUCGGUGACUUCGGGUUGGCUAAGUUCCUACAUGGUUGUUAUUCUUCUUCUGGUAUUCAUGGUUCUACUUCUACAAGCCUAGCAGGGCCAAGAGGAUCAGUUGGAUACAUUGCACCAGAAUAUGGCUUUGGGAGCAAAAUCUCGACGGAGGGUGAUGUUUACAGCUAUGGAGUCAUCAUCUUAGAGAUACUCACAGGGAAGCGUCCAACUGACGAAAUGUUUGAAGAUGGACAGAGCCUUUACAAAUUUGUGGAAGAUUCAUUUCCUGAAAAGAUUUGCGAGAUACUAGACCCUAGAAUCAACAUCCCCUAUUAUGGGAACCGAGAUGAAGAAGGAGGGAGUUCUUCAGAGCAGGAAAAUCAUGAAAUGGCUGCAGGAAUGAUGAGCUAGCUGCAUCACCGCUCUGGCUAAGCUUGGCCUGCUAUGCGCCGCCGAGACUCCUAAAGUUCGACCAGCGAUGCAGGACGUCUACGCUACUGCUACCGCAAUCAAAGAAGCAUUUUCAGCACUGCCCUGCCUGAGCGGAAGAAGCAUUUUCAACCGUAUCUAUCGAUUGCCCACACGCUGCUGGUCUGGUGCAUGAUGACCUGCGACUAGUUUUUCUUCA